AUGGAGGGGCUCGACGUCGACGACGUCUUCCACCACUUCCGGCUGAACCCUACGGAAGUGGAGGCCGUCACCUACUACCUGCCACGCCUCCUCUCCGGCGAGACGCUGCACGGCGCCGACAAGCUCAUCCACCACGUCAACAUCUCCGGCUGCGAGCCCAAGGAUCUGGCCCGCCAAUUCGCGCCCGUGCCGCAGGCCGUGAGCAGCGGUGACCGGUUCUUCUUCACCACGUGCAAGAGCAAGAACGGAAGCAAGCUCCAGAGCGUGCGCGGUGCCGGCGGCGGCACCUGGAGCAUCCAGAAGACCACCGAGAUUUGCCACGCGGGAUGCAAGGUCGGCGAGGUCAAGAACCUGUCCUUCAAGAAGAAGGGCAAGUCGACAGGCUGGGUCAUGGAGGAAUACCGGUGCCUGCUGCCAGAGGCCACCGUCGUCGACGGGGUGAAGGUGUUCUGCAAGAUGCACUUGGCUCAGCAUGCUCCUGACGCGGCCCGCCAGGAAUCGGAAGCGUACAAGCUUCAGCAACAGCAACCAGAGGCCGUGACCCCGAGCACGCACGCGCAGAAGAGGCCAGCGCCCGCUGCCGCCGCCGAUCCUCAUCCGCCGCGCCCCAAGAAGAGGAUGCGCGGUGCCGUCCCCGUCCCGGUCCCGGCAUCUGCCACACCGUCCUUCUUGAUGUAUGAUGAGGCAGCCAACUUCCCUGUUCAGGAUGCACAAGCAUCAUGCGGGUCCACUACAACAUCCAGCCGCUCCGACGUUGCUCAAGCUCCUGAGAUUUCCUCCCAAUCAGAUGUGCUGGAGUCCACCCAAUCAAUUCCUGAGGCUGGCUCAAGCAUCGCAAGGAGCACAUCUGAAGAGAAUGUCUCUGAGUCAUUGGAGCCUAUCUCCAAUUUGCCGGAUUGGGAGGAAGAUGGUUUUGAUCUUGAAGAACUAAUGAGAAUGAUGGAAGACAACCCAAUUGAAGUUGAGCCGGUCAGUGGAGCCAACACUGGCGUGGAGAUGGGCCAACAGGAACCUCUGUACCUGGAUGCCUUCCAUGACGCUGACAAGGAGAAGAGGUACAAUGCCGCGUCGGAUCUUGACGCUCCAUCGCUUCAGGGACAGGACCACUUGUCCAAACCGCAGCCGUGCUCCUUCGAUCCAUUUGAAGAAGCGUGGAAGGCCGAAGAGGCGCUCGAGAAGGAGAAGAGGUGCAAUGCCGCGGCCAAUCUUCACACUGGAGGGCACAGCAACUUCUUCUCGCCUGCAAGUGUCUAUUAA